CAGUCGGUGGGUGCUCCUGACCUAAGCUCCAGCUAUGACUGCAUUUAGCAUGCCGUGCGUGCAGCUGAAGGCUGGAGAGGACUGAGGGAGGAGGGGGAGUGAGAACCACAAGUGACCGCUAGCUUCAUGUCACACGAAGACACAAGCAGAGAGACGUUACUCCACUGAGAGCAAGAGCGGAAAUCUUCCAGGGAGAAGAAGAAGGAGAGGGAGGGACAGAGGGAGAGUGAGUGAGGGGGGCUGCAGGAAGGGACUGCUGGACUUUAUCUGCUCGCAUUUCCACGCAACAGAAUAUUUCUAUUGUGUUUACCUAUUUUUAAAGGGCUUGGGAAUAGUACCAUCUGUGGGAAGGUUAGCUGUAGCCACCGCCAUCUCCUCUCAGUCGGAGCGUCCGUCGUGUCUUCCACACCAUGGGGAACGCUGCCACCGCCAAGAAGGGCAACGAGCUAGAGAGCGAGACUUUUGUUAAAGAGUUUCUAGCUAAAGCCAAAGAAGAUUUCUUACGGAAAUGGGAAUGUCCACCACAGAGCACAACGUGCCUAGAUGACUUUGACAGAUUAAAGACCCUGGGUACUGGCUCAUUUGGGAGAGUCAUGUUGGUGAAACACAAAGGAACAGAGCAAUACUUUGCCAUGAAAAUACUGGACAAGCAAAAGGUGGUAAAACUCAAGCAAAUAGAACACACACUAAACGAGAAGAGGAUAUUACAGGCUGUGAGCUUCCCCUUUCUUGUCAAACUUGAGUACGCGUUUAAGGACAACUCUAAUUUGUACAUGGUGAUGGAGUACGUUCCAGGGGGAGAGAUGUUUUCACACCUAAGACGAAUUGGAAGAUUCAGUGAACCACAUGCACGAUUUUAUGCUGCUCAAAUAGUUCUGACAUUUGAGUACCUCCAUUCACUAGAUCUCAUAUACAGAGAUCUGAAACCUGAGAACCUGCUUAUCGAUCAUCACGGCUACAUUCAGGUGACAGACUUUGGAUUUGCCAAGAGGGUAAAAGGCAGGACCUGGACGUUGUGUGGGACACCGGAGUACCUGGCACCAGAAAUCAUCCUCAGCAAAGGCUAUAACAAAGCUGUGGACUGGUGGGCCCUCGGAGUCCUCAUCUAUGAAAUGGCAGCUGGCUACCCUCCGUUCUUCGCGGAUCAACCUAUUCAGAUAUAUGAAAAGAUUGUGUCUGGAAAAGUCCGGUUCCCCUCCCACUUCAGCUCCGACUUGAAGGACUUGUUGAGAAACCUGCUGCAAGUGGAUCUGACCAAACGCUAUGGCAACCUGAAGAAUGGAGUCAAUGACAUUAAGGGCCACAAAUGGUUUGCCACAACAGACUGGAUCGCUAUCUAUGAGAGAAAGGUGGAAGCCCCAUUCAUACCAAAGUGCAGAGGCCCAGGCGACACCAGUAACUUCGAUGACUAUGAGGAGGAGGAAAUCCGCGUUUCUGUUACAGAAAAAUGCGCAAAAGAGUUUGCAGAGUUUUAGGACAUGGGGGACAUGGAUAAAUCAGGGAAAAUAAGGGGAUCUUUGCACUCUUCUAAAGACUUGGGAUGGAGCAGAGACCAUGGUUUUUUUCAGCUCUACUACAUUGACCCUUCAUUCCACAGGGCUGAAUGAGGUUGACAUGAUCCUUGGGUGCCGAUAACCUCUCACUGUCACUUACACCUGCGUAUUAAAGCAGACACACACCACUUUUUUCUUUAUUUUUUUGUACCUACCAACUGUUUUUUUGUUUUGUUUUUUACUUUGAAGCAGUUAGUCAUGGAUGUUGUUAUCCCCUUUUAAAAUGUGAUCUUUUUUCACUUUAUGAGGAAAACUAAGACAAUGGCCAAUAAUAGUCCACACAGUCUACUACUACUACAUUGUAGCCGACUUGUCUGUGGCAGUUUGACUCACAGUUGUGUGGGUUGAAGGAGGUUCCUUGUAGUAGUGUAUGUUUGAUGGUCUGUUACAAGUCCACAUCACAUUGGCUACUGUUAAGUGCUGGCCAGCUUUCAGAAGUAGUGUUCGUCCUAUGUUUUGUAAGACAUUUGAACAUGUUGGGUGUUUAAAGCAUGACCAAAUAGAAAUUAUUGGGUGACACAAGAAGAGAGGUCCUUUCCUUUCUUUGCUUUUUGCCUUAGACCCCCUCCCUCCCACUAAAGCACCCAUCCACUCUCUGUCUUGUUGGUAUUCUGACCCAGACACAGCAAGAAAAUGACAAAACUUGUUACAGUAGUGAAAUGCAAACCCAUUCUUUUGUUUGAUCCUCUGGGGUCUGUUUGUUACAUGUAAAGUUUGUCAUUUGGUAUCUUACUCUUAUUUUUGUCACUGUGUCUAACAGUUUUGUCAUAUUGUCCCUAGAUUUCAGGUCUGCUUAUAAAGGCCUGUUGUUACGAGUCUGUGGAACAAUGUGAUCUCAGUAAAUCAAAAAGAAUGAAGUGAAAUCCUUUGAGGGGUUUUUAUUGAGUGUAACAUAAAGUUGAAAAGAUAUGUGUGAGUAGUGUUGCGGCUUUUUGCCUCAACAUUGUUAGUGAUUCCUUACAAAAAGUACAGAGUUUAUAAUGUAUUAAAUCAAGGAUGUUUUAAAAAUAUUUUAAGAAACAGGAAUGCAAAACUGUAAUAAUUUGCCAUAUUUUCCCUGUUACCACGCCCAAGCAGAUUGUUGAUUCAUUCUUGUCAAAGAAUGUAGAUUUGCAAAUUAUAGGUAUGCUUAUUUGAAAGCUUGAUUUCAAGGUACAGUUUUCCUCACAAUACACUGUCUAAAAUAAAGACUGCUCCUUUGUAUCACAUGUAACCCUGUUAUUGUUAAGCUCAUUACAUUAUUCGUAUAUGCAUUGUUUCAUAUAUGUUCUUAUUUAUACACAUUAGAGAUGCUAAUAAAUUUUAUUUUUAAAAGUG